AUGAGGAGGAUGAAAGAGAAGGAGUUCUGUCCCAGGACCCUGCUCGGUCCGGACCCCCUGAUGGGAGGUUCCCGGGAGUUCGGGCAGAGCCGCGCUGGGGUGGUACCGCCCGCCGAACCCGGAAGUGGCGGCGCGGCGGCACACAUGGGUCCGAGGAGCGGGGCCGGGCCGGGCGGUACCGCCGGGGCUGUGGGUGCUGCCGUGGCCGCUCUCUACACGGCCACGCUGCCCCCUGGCCUGCCCGGAGGGGAUGCGGGGGAGCUGAUCACAGCCGCAUAUGAGCUUGGAGUCGCCCACCCUCCUGGCUAUCCCCUCUUCACACUGCUGGCCAGACUGGCCAUGGGGCUGCUGCCUGUCGGCUCUCCUGCCUCCCGGGUCAAUCUCCUCUGUGGUUUGGUGGGAGCAGCUGCUGCCUCUUUGCUUUUUUACACGGUUUUCAGGCUUUCUGGCUCAUAUGCUGGAGGAAUCCUUGCUGCGGGGGUGUUUUCAUUUUCCCGUCUAACAUGGCAGUGGUCCAUCACGGCGGAGGUUUUCAGCUUAAACAAUCUGUUUGUGGGGCUGCUGAUGGCUCUCACCGUGCAUUUUGAGGAGGCAUCCACUGCAAAAGAGAGAUCUAAGAUCUCCAAACUUGGUGCCUUUUGCUGUGGGCUCAGCCUGUGCAAUCAGCACACCAUAGUGCUUUACCUUGCCUGUAUUGUGCCUUGGGUUCUCACUCAGCUCUUCAGGAAGACAGAAUUGUCCCUAGGCCAUUUGCUGAAGUUGGGUUUAUGCUUCUUGGCUGGUUUGCUGCCUUAUCUCUAUCUGCCUGCUUCAUCCUACCUCAAUCAAGCCCGUUGGACAUGGGGAGACCAGACGACUUUACAUGGAUUUUUGACCCACUUUCUCAGGAAAGAAUAUGGGACAUUCAAUCUGGCCAAGUCUGAGACAGGAUCCAGUAUGAGGGAGAUGCUGGUUUUUCAGCUGGUGCAGAUGAAGUCAGAGCUCUCCCUUCCUGUCCUUGUCCUGGCACUCCUGGCCUGUGUGAGCACAGCACUGCAGACGAAGCUGCAGAAAUCACCUGUGAUCUGGCUCUUUGCUGGAAUGCUCUGCCUUUAUUCCCUUUUCUUCGCUUGGAGAGCAAACUUGGAUGUUACAAAACCUCUGUUUCUGGGCGUGGUGGAGAGAUUCUGGCUGCAAAGCAACAUGGUGGUGGCUGUGCUGGCCGGGCUGGGGUUGGCCAUGCUCACCUCCCUUGGAAGUGCCGUGCUGGAGGGCAGCCGGGUGGUGCCGUGGCUGGAGCAGCUUUCUGCCCUCCUGCUUGUUGCUUCUCAAAUUUGGGCAAAUUACAGCACUUGUGAUCAGAGCAACAAUUAUGUUGUUGAUAAAUUUGCCAAAAAUCUGCUGUCCUCCAUGCCAAUGGGUGCUGUGGUCCUGCUAAGAGGAGACUUACCUGGGAAUGCUCUUCGUUAUCUUCAUUAUUGUGAAGGGCUGAGGCCAGAUCUCACCUUAGUGGACCAGGAGAUGAUGACUUAUGAAUGGUAUUUACCCAAGCUGGCAAAGCAUUUACCUGGUGUUUAUUUUCCUGGGAACCGGUGGAAUCCUGUGGAAGGAGUUUUACCUGAUGGGACACUUGCUUUUAAUCUCCAUCGUUUCCUCAGAGUAAAUAAACAUAAGGAAGUGUUUGUCUGCAUAGGUCUUCAUGAAGGGGACUCAACAUGGAGAAGGAGCUAUUCUCUUUGGCCAUGGGGGACGUGUGAAAAGUUGGUUCCUUCCAAUGUUGCCUUUGACCCAGGAGAGUGGAUUCAUCUUACAAGAAAUCUCUAUAACUGGACUGAGGAUUAUGGCAGUUUCAAGCCCUCUUCCUGGGAAGCUGUCAUCAACGAGGAGAUGUGGCAAGCCAGGAUGAAAACAGCUUUCUUUAUAUUUGACCUUGCAGAAACUGCCAGUGUGACUGCAGAAAUGAAAUCCCAGCUCUACACCUUUGCAUACACUUCUUACAAAGAAAUUGUCAGCUCUCAUCCAAAUCACCCAGUGAACUGGCACAAAAACUACGCCAUCGCCUGCGAGAGGAUGCUGCGUCUCCCCCAGCUGGAUGUGGACCCUGAAGUUUUGCUCUCUGACACUGUGAAACAUUUCCUUCUCUACACAGAGAAAGCAGAGGAGGACCCCCAGCAGCAGGAUAUCCUGCAGGCUGUGGAGCACCUGAAAAAAGAGCUGCAGGGGCUGAGGAAAAGGAAAAAAGAUCUGAAGCAGGGAGCGGGGUAGCACCUGGACCUCCACCUGCCUGCUGAAAUUUUCAUGUCACAGAAUCACAAGGUCAGGUUGGGAGGGACUUCAAGGAUCAUCUGGUCC